AAGCCGGAAGUGGCUCGGCCUCAGGUAAAAAAAAAAGUCGCCCUUGUGUAGAGUGGGGCGGAGGUGGGGACCCUGCUAGCUCGGUCCCCGCCCUGGACUGGACUGGGGAGCCAUAGUGCGCGGCGAGCUGGGGUGCCAGGGCCAGGUACGUGACGAAAACGAGGGACGCGGCCACCGGGACAGGAAUCUCCCGGUUCUUAGACUUGUGCAAAUAAUUCGGUUUUUGAAAGAACACUCUGCAGACGGGAUCCUGCCCCAGAGGCCCCGGCUUCGAGCGCAGUGUGGGGCCGUGUUGCAUUUCCCUCCGAUGGAAAGGGUCCCCCCUGAUGGCCCGGGCCCCGUGCACGUGCCUUUGGGGCACAUCGUGGCCAGUGAGAAAUGGCGCGGGUCGCAGCUGGCGCAGGAGAUGCAAGGGAAAAUUAAGCUCAUUUUUGAGGAUGGCCUGACACCAGAUUUUUACCUGUCGAAUAGAUCCUGCAUCCUUUAUGUCACCGAAGCUGAUUUGGUGGCAGGAAAUGGCUACAGAAAGAGGCUUGUUCGGGUUAGAAAUUCCAGUAAUCUUCAAGGCAUCGUAGUAGUUGAAAAAACCCGGAUGAGUGAACAAUACUUCCCAGCCUUACAGAAGUUUACUGUGCUGGACCUUGGAAUGGUGUUACUUCCAGUGGCCAACCAGAUGGAAGCAUCCUGCCUCAUUGUCCAGUUAGUUCAGGAGCAAACCAGAGAGCCCAGUAAGAACCCUUUUCUCAGGAAGAAACGGGCUCUGCUGUCCGAGCUGUCGCUCCUUCGAACCGUGCAGCAGAUCCCGGGCGUUGGGAAAGUGAAGGCGCCCCUGCUGCUCCAGAAGUUCCCAAGUAUCCAGCAACUGAGCAACGCUUCCGUCCAGGAACUGGAACAGGUGGUCGGACAAGCCGCAGCACAGCAAAUCCACGCCUUCUUCACACAGUCCGGGUGACAGCUGGCCGUUAGGCCUCAAACAGGAUCUUGCUUUCAUACUCAAGAACUAAGAAGGAAAAAAAAAAGACUUCUCCUCACAGCAACUAGAAGAUGAGGUGAGGCCUGAGCGGAGCCCGCAGGUGGGCACGGCCCUGGGGUCCGCAUUGCAGUUGGUGGGCACGGCCCUCCCUCUGCUGAGCCAAAAAGGGCCGGUGGGGAUCUUCAUUCUCAAAAAAGUCAGUUAGGGCCAUAUUAUAUAUAAUGUGUGACCUUGACCUGUGUCUAUCAUAGGGAAGUCUUAUAAAAAGUUCCAGGUGGAGGGUGUGACCAUCAAAGGAAACAGACACACAACGAAGCCCUGUGCAUCAUAAGCCCCUUGUUCCUGGUGUCGGAGCUGCUGCUCAGGUCUGGCCUUCAUGUAUUAAUACCUGCGCUAUGAGGGCUGCUGCCAACGUAAAUAAACAGUUACACAACUGCA